AAGAAAACAAAAAUGUCCAUCCAACUUGGCACUGCUUGCUGUGUUGAAGAUCUCGGAAAUGUGAAAAAGUUCUUGUUCCCCCUGACAGUUGAUACGGAUGAAAAUCAAGAAGAUAGUGAAGGGGACUGGAAUGACUGGGGCUGGAAGGUUGAAGACGAAGAGAAAGAAGAGGAGGAAGGUUCAGAAGAUAGCACAGGUUCACCUGGGGAGGGACAUGUUUGGCUGCAGGACUGCAAGAUAUCACUGUCCCCAGCUAAUGACUUGCUAGCUAUUGGCUAUGAUGAAAAACUUGUCAUUCUGAGUCAGAAAUAUACACCAGAUGAAGGGGAAAUGGAGACAAAAUUUUGUAUAUCAUGGCAAGGAGUGGUGAAGCAAGAAGAAGGAGAAAAGAUUACCAGCUUGUUGUGCCUGCCAUUGGCUUCUCAAAAAAGAUCAACCCAGGGUGGACCUGACUGGACAUGUGUAAUAGUGGGCUUUACCUCUGGUUAUGUGAGGUUUUAUACUGAGACUGGAGUGCUUUUGUUGUCACAACUGCUUCAUGAAAAGAUGGUGCAGGAAUUUAAAUGUAAAACAUAUGAACCACCAAGACAUGCUGCAGCAUCAGAACAGCAUGAAGAAUUGACCAUUCUGUAUCCUAAGUCUCUGGUGACAAUAGAUGGCUUCAGUCUGUUCCAGACUUUGAGAGCAUGCAGGAACCAAGUUGCUAGAGCUGCAGCCAGUGGUAGUGACACCAUCACUCCUCCUCCUCUGGCUUACAAGAAGUGGGGCCUGCAAGAGCAGGAUGCUGUCACAGGACAUGUGAGCUGUGGUGUUGUGACCCCCUGUGCCUUUGACCAGUUGGAGACAGCCUCUCUGUGGGGUGGGUAUAGUGCCACCAUCAAACCCACUCCCCCUGCAGCUGCCAUAUACACCACCACAGGAUCUGGGCCCUUUGUGGGCUUCUUUCAUGCUAUGGAGGGCUCAGCUCAGCCACUUUUAUCAGAUGUGGCAUAUGCAGUAGCACAUAAACUCAAGUCUGCCUUCCUUAGUGCUGCAAGUGGUUGGUUUGGUAUCAAGCAUAACACUGAAGAAAACAAAGAAAGACACAAGCCAAAAGUAGAACCAGCCACGCCCUUGUUUAUAAGGAGUGGUCUGCCAGACAAGCACAGACAGGGAGAGAGCAUUGUACUCUCUCCAAACAACAACCUGGCUGCUGUCACAGACAGUUAUGGAAGAGUUUUGUUAGUUGAUAUCUUGAAAGGAAGAGCUGUCAGGAUGUGGAAAGGUUAUCGUGAUGCUCAGGUAGGCUGGGUCCAGGUGAAAGAGGAUCCACAUGAGCAGAGCUCCCGACUGGCGUUAUUCCUGGUGAUAUAUGCACCCAGGAGGGGCCUCUUGGAGGUAUGGACAGCAGAACAGGGCCCUAGAGUGGCUGCAUUUAGUGUCAGCAAAUGGUGUCAGCUUUUAUACCAGUCACAUGGCAUGCUUGGGUUGAACAAUGUUACUAUCAGGGGUGUCAAACAGAACCAUUUUAUGUGCUACCUGCUUGAUCCACAUGGAAACUUAAGCACAGUUGAUGUCCCAUUCCACCUUGCAUUGAGUGACAAAAAUAGCAAAAGGGCAAGAGAUGUCCAUUUGCUAAAAAAGUUGAAGGCUGCACUGAGACAAGUUCAGAAUGGCACAGCCACAGAAACAGAGCUUAUAAGUCUCCUUUAUGACAUAAAGAUAGCCAGCAUAAGGCAACAGGGCUUGGAGAAGAUUCUGACCACCAGACACAUUCCAUUGAAAGUUUUGGUCAGUGUGGUCUCAGCCAUUGUAGAGCAGAUAGAACAACAAGAUGCAGUUACAAUAGAUGUUGACAGUAAGAUGCUGCUUCAGUUUUGUAAAGGAUAUAGUGAACUGCUGAAUGCAUAUAGCAUGCUGGAUAGUUUGAAUGCUGGCAAACAAGAGGAGACAGUGACAGAAAAGGAAAGCACUGAGAAAGAAAGGGAUUCCCAACAGUCGCUCCAGGCCUUGCUUUCCCUAACUCAGUCAGAGGUAGAAGAAGUGCUGGACCUACUUAACAAACACAAGCAGCUUGUGGCAGAUAACAGAGAGCAUAAGGUGAAAUUUGCUGCUGAUUCCGAAUUGACAGUGACACAGUUCCUAAAUUGCUUCACUUGCCACAUUCACAGAACUAAAGAAGACCAACUGGCUGACAUGACCUACUCUCUCAAUAUAAGGCAUGAUUUGAAUUCAGAGAUGUUACAAAAGUUGGGUUCCUUUUUGUUUAAGACCUGUCUUAAUGGAAACUGUGAAGUUGAAGAUGUUAUGGAUAUUAAAUUGAUGUCCAAAAUUUUACCAGAACAAGUAAUGUCACUAUUAUGGAACCACUGGUUGUCAGAAACCUUCCAGCCCACAGCUUGUAUGGAGAGGCUCUAUGGCUUGGUAAAAGCAUUCACAGAGAGAAAAGACCUGGAAGAGGUGGUAGCAGAGACUAAUCGCACUGCCCCCUGGUGGGAGAAGAUCCGUGCGGCAUGCAGUUCAUCCAGCCAUAUUGGUCCUUCACUUAUGUUGGCGCAAACUUGUAGAAGUGUCAGUUUGAGUGUUAUGUAUUUAUACAGAAAAAACAAGGAUGAAAAAGCUGCAGCUGAAGACACUGACAUGUCCGAAUGGGAGGCAGUUACAUUAGAAAAUGAGAAAUGGAACAUUCUUGUCCAGCAGCUGGAAGAUCUACUUCUUCUGGAGUGCUUGCUUAGGUGGAAGGAAGCAGACGACACAAGUCAUGUGACCAAGUCAGCUGAUAUAGAGGUGUCUGUGAACAAGGUGCUAGAGGGAGGCAGAGGAAUUAUAGCAGAAAUCAUUGCCAAAUGGGCUUCUGCAAGGGACAUAGGAACCAAACCUUUCCUACCAUAUGUCAUCAGAACAUCGAGUGAUGGUAGUGAUUCUUCCAUAACAUGCCCCAAGUCUCCUGAAACCAGCAGCCAUCUAGAAACUGAUAUUAAAGAUAUGACGGAUCUCUUACAUUCAUUACAUAUCAGGUUUCCCCACAGCCUGGAGCAGGAUGUGUUGUAUGCUAACUGUGCCUGGGAGUAUGGAGUAAGGUGGAACAAAGACCCGGAGGUUGUGACCAAAUUAAGGCAUUCCCUGGACUUUUUAAAACUUGUUCAAAAUGGAGUGUUGCAGCAUGGAAUUUGCAGUUUGAUGUGGCAGAUGUUUUUCUUGAAGAAGCUCCAAGCUGCUGCUAAACUAAUAGAAAAGGUUGGAAAAGUCCCAAAGGAGAGAUUAUGUAGAAAAGAGGUUGGAAUAAGUGAUUUGGCACUUACAGGAUUUCUGGCAAACAUCUGUGACUUCAUAGAAAUUAUGAUGCAGGCAAACUGUGACUAUGGCGAAAUGCCAAUAUUAAAUUUGGAGGACUUGUGGCAGGGAGUGGGAAGAAGUAGCAGCUCUCUGGCCGAGCUUGCUAUUGACCAGCGCAACACAAACUACCUGCUACUAAAGCACCACCUACAUCUCUGUAUUGUUAUGCAGGCUGUGAUGACUUUCAGUAUGAAGUCUGUGAAGCCUCUGUCCUUGUUUGAUACAAAGGGACAGAAUGCAUUCUUCUGUGAUUUGACCUCUCACCCCUACAUCAAAAUGGAUGCUGUUGACAUGGUAAUAUUGAGAAACAGAGAACAGUUUGCCGUGCGUGUGAUCAGCCAGGCAAUCCAGAUGAUCACAGAUCCUGCAGACACUGAGAGGUGUUCCUGUGCCAAAACAUGGUGCUUGCGGCUGUGUGCAAUAUCAGAUGACUUCUGUAUUGAUGCUGAUGUCCUGAGGAGACAGUACACUUGUGAACUGUACUCCAGUGGGUAUGACAAGCUGGCAGAAGAGGCCUUAUUGACAGUGACAGACCACGAGAUCAUGGGUAGUCAGCUGUUACUUGUGGCAGGGCAGCGCUUGGCUCACUUUGUAUUGGGUGGAGAGCCUGAGACCAGUGCUGAGAGACUUUCAAAACUUUCACCAAGAUUAUCCACUUGGUUAAAAACACAGGAUUCGAGUACUCUACGGCAGGUUGACAUACCUCUGCAUGAUACAGCUUCUUUGAUUGGUCACAUUAUAAAUCAGCUUCCAGAAGGGCAUUCUGAAUAUGAACUGGCUGUAGAAUUGGUUGAACUGAUCCAAACCCUUCAGUGAUUUUUUUUAAAUUUUUGCAAAUUAUGUGUAUGUGCAUAAAAUGUCAUGGUGCUAUGAAUAACAGCUUUGUUUGUAAAGAUAUAUGCCACAUUUGCCUUCUUGUACAUUUUGUACUAUGGGUAUGUAGGCUCAGUUAGUUUUGGGACAUUCUGCUCAAGAUUUCUCUGCUGAUUGUGUGAUUAUGUUAAUGUGAUGGGAAUGUGAAGAAAUUGGAUAUUAAGUUUUUUUUCUUCUUCCAACAAACACUUGACAAUGUUGACUUUUUUGUUAUAAAUUACUGGCAGACAAAUAUAUAACUGAGUCAGUUUUCAUGAAAUGUAUGCUUCUUGGAGUACUGUAUUGUAGAAUGCUUAUUAUUCAAUUCAAACAAAUGAAUUCUCAACUUGCAGGAAAAUACUAUUAAAUAUGACAUUUAAUUGAAAGCAUUUGAUUUAUCAGUUUUCUGCCAUUGACUUUCUGGGAUUAUGAAUAAAAUAUUAAAAUGUAAAUAAGAUCAUAAAAUGGAUAAUACAUUACAUAUCUGUUGCAUUUUAUAUAUAUGAUGACAUACCCAACAAUAGAUGACAUUUUUUCUCUGGAAUUUGGAUAUUGCUGUUCAAUUCUAGAACCCAGUUUUACACACAAACUGUGUUACCUGCCUACUGUAUCUACUCACAUUUGAUGUAAAAUGUUGGUUGGGUACAGUCAGUACCUAGAGUUUCAAAGAGUUAUGCUAAUUAUAGGUGUGUAAAAAUCCUUUUUAAAUAUAAUUUUAUUUGUGCAGAAUUACAGAAUUGUUGUUCUGUUUAUAUCUAAGGAUAAAACUGAGCUGAAUUCCAGUAAGAUGAA